AUGCACAUUGGCCACGCCACGCCGUUUGUCCUCACGCGGUACCUGCAGGAUGCGCUUGGUCUUUCGCUGGUAGUUCAGAUAGCCGACGAUGAGAAGUAUUUUUUCCGCGACAUUCCCGUCGGCGGGGCGAGGGCGAGUGAGUUGGCGGUGGAGAACAUAAAGGACAUCAUCGCCUUUGGCUUCGGCCCCUGCAAGACGUUUGUAUUCCGCAACACGGCGUACACGGGGGACAUGGACCCAACUGUUAUGCGGGUGCGGCGCAUGCUGACUCUGAGUGCUGUUAAGAAUACGUUUGACCUGAGGAACAGUGGCAAUGUGGGGAAGCCGGCCUUUCCAGCGGUGCAGGCCGCGCCAUGUUUUGGCGGCGCCUUCCCAUGGGUGCUGCGGUGGCCAGCCGAGGAGCGACUGCUGCAGUGUGUUGUUUCUUGCGCAAUCGAUCAGGACCCAUUUUUCCUCCUGACACGCAACGUGGCACUUCGCGUAUGA